GCAACACCUGGGAUACGCAGUCAUUCAAGGUCACAAAGUGUCAGUUUUGUUUGUUUUAUUAUCGAAGAGUAGUUCGCAUUUUCGAUCGCUAGAAUGGCGGGCGAUAACACGGAGAUAGACUUGUAUGACAAUAUUGAUGAAGAUUUUGUCCAGGAAUGUACCGACCUGACAGAGCUUUAUGAUGAUGUUAUCGCUCCUAUUAAGUCUGAAAAUACUAACAUUGUAGCAUCUCCUUUGUCUAAUAAGCAGUCGCAUAAUUCGUCAAAUCAUUCUGGUCGUCGUGUGUCAGUUUAUGUGGGUAACUUAACAUGGUGGACAACGGACUUGGACUUACUUGAGGCCGCCGCUGGCAUCGGUAUUAACGAUGUCGUUGAAAUAAAGUUUCACGAAAACCGUCAGAAUGGACAAUCCAAGGGUUUUUGUGUAAUGGUGUUUGGGUCCGAGCAAUCAAUGCGUAUAGCAAUGGACAAGUUUCCGAAAGUUGACCUUCACGGGCAAAACCCAGUUGUAACGAGUUUUACGAAGCAUAAUCUCAGUGUGUUUGAAAAGGCGGCGGGUGGUGACAAUCAGGCAACUGCCCGACCUCGCGCAGAAGAGGUGCAGAAUGCCAAAGUAUCAACAGGUACAACUGGUGUUCUUGGAAACCGUUUGCCAACUCCAUUAAUGGCAACACCUACAAUGCCCGCAUCACUUGGUUUUAGUGUACGGAAUAAUAGUCCUUUAAUGGGACAGGUAGUGCCAAACGUACGGAAUGCAGCAAGUUUAUCGUCGACUAUUCAACAAGCUCUCAUUAAUCACAACGUACAGUCUAAUUUAAAUGCCAACUCAAGCAUGAGCCAGUUACCUUUGAAUUUUCCCGGGCCAACUAACGUUCUUAUUCCUCCAAGUGGCAUCUCAAGCGCAGCCUUUCCGGCAAAUGCAACAGGUCUUUUGCCUUCAAACUUCACUCUUCCCAGCACCAUCCCAACAUCUCUUUCAGCGACAAAUGCACACAUCAACCCCAGUUUCUUAACACACUCCUUACCAGGGAACACAUCCAUUUUGCAAACACCAAUGCCACCUAGUGGGGUAAUUCAAAUGAACACUCAUAAUAGUGACUCAAAUGCGCGUCCGCAAUUUGACCACUAUGGAAGACCAGUUAUCCACACAUAUACGCCGCCCGUUCCAGGUAAGCUCACAGAAUCGGAGUUUGAAGAUAUUUUGCAACGAAAUAAAACAGUGUCGUCGAGUGCAAUUAACAGAGCUGUUCAGGAUGCUGCAAGUGGUGAUUAUGCAAGUGCUAUCGAAACUUUAGUAACUGCAAUAUCACUUAUCAAACAAUCGAAAAUAGCAAAUGAUGAUCGUUGUCGAAUACUAAUCAAUUCUCUUCAAGACACGUUGCAUGGGAUUGAGUCAAAAUCGUAUGGAGCUAAAAGCAGUAGUCGCAGACGUCGUCGUUCGUACAGCGAUAGUGGGAGCGAUGUUGGCGAAGGUAACUAUGGUAGUUCUGUCGUCGGAAGCAGUAGUACCAGUUCACGACGUCACAGAGACAGACCACAUAGGUCUCGAUCUCGUGAACGGCAUGAUCGUCACGAACGUCGCAGACACUCGCGUGACAGAGGGUCCGGCGGUGGCAGUGCCUACUACGGUAUGGGAUCAAAUCUAUCAGGUUCAGGUUUAUCUGGAGUCCAAUUAGUGGAUGGUUCUGGACAGGCGUGUACUGGCAACCUCGGAGGUGGAGCUGACCGUUAUCGUGACAACAGAUACAGACAUUAGUUCUUGUUUUAUUCUCCACUGUUCAGUCAUAUCGGUCGUCAAUGUGAUGACUUGUGUAGCUGUACUUUGUGUUUCCUAAUUAAUUUUUCAGUCUGUCAUUUUAUCUCCCAAAUCAUCUGGUUGUACAGUUUGGUCAUAUUUCGCUAGUGAUUAACUGACUUCAUUACUACUAGCUUUAAAUGCUAGUUAUUUUCCGUUAUACUGGUAACAUGGAGCUCGAAAGUAUAACAGGCAAGUUUAGUUCUGUAAAAUAUAUUUAUGUAUUCUUUGUAGCUUAUCCAUACAAUGUUCCGGUUAACAUUACUUCUUAGCUUUGCAUAUGAUUCCUGUUGUCACUUUGUACAUUAGUGUUUUAAAAAAAAGUCCUUUUUAAUCAUAUUGUUUUUGUACAUAUCACUUGUUAAUAAAGAUAUUUUGGUUCACUUGUACACUGAAAGGUUGUUACUAUUAGAAGAAUGACAAUCAGUUAACUGAAGAAUGGAUUUAUGUACCAUCUGACUUAUGUUCAAAUUUCUCUCUUAACCAGUAUGUGGUUAUUUUACCAGAUGAAUUCAAUCACUGUACAUUUCUGAUCUAUUUUUCUUAUAAAAUGCAUAAUAAUUUGUGUUUAUUAUUAAGCCAGGAAAGAAGGAAUGUUACCCAGUGACUAUGUCAAACAAACAUAUUUAUAUUUGUGUGUAUAUAUGUAUCAAUUAUUCCAAACCUUGUAAAUAGAUACUACUGGCGGCGAUGCAUGUAGAAAGCCUCGAUGAUGAGUAUAUAUUUGUAAAAAUUUCACUGUAAAUAGUUUUCUCCAAAGCUUUUGUUUCUCCAUCAUCAUCAUAAUCACUUGUAUAUAUUAUUACUACUGUUAUUAUUAGACAGGCUGAAAUCAUCCCUUCUGUAUACAUGUAUACUAUUUGUCUAUGUUGAUUUCAAUGUCAAUCUAUUGUAAAUAGCUUUUCGAAUAAAUUAAUCUAACUAGUCUUCUUGGUGAUGAAUAUACACUAAGGUUGUUUGUUUUUUAACCAUCAAGUUAUUCACACCAAUUUUUUCAGAUAUCUAAUCGUGUUUUUUCUUUCUCUUUUAGGCAUAUAAAUAUACAUAGAAGUCGUUUCACACAUGUCCUGUAAUAUUGUUUUUAUCUAAAAUAUAUCAUUCUAUCUAA